AAUGACUCUUCCCAAAAAUGGCUGCGCCCAUGGUGAGACGAAGUUCUGCGCUAAUAAAUAACAUUUUUAGCAAUUAUAUAAGAACAAAUAUUUCAAAAUGUAAAAGAUCAAUAUCCAUUUCAAAGGUUAGUGGUGGGGAUCACACCUCGCAAACCCAUUUUGGAUAUGAAAAUAUUCCCGAAGAUGAAAAGGAAGAAAGAGUGUAUAAAGUUUUUGAAAAUGUUGCAAGUAAAUAUGAUCUGAUGAAUGAUGCCAUGAGUGCUGGAAUACAUAGAUUAUGGAAGGAUUAUUUUAUAAGCAAAAUGGCACCAACACCAGGAACGCAAUUAGUAGAUGUUGCUGGAGGGACAGGUGAUAUAGCAUUUAGAUUUUUGAAUUAUGUUAGAAAUGAAGAAAGUGAAAAUUAUAAUAAUCAAAACAGACAAUUUGAUGUAGAAACUCCUCCAGAAUUACGAAGCAUUUCAGAAUUAGAUGAAACCUCUGAAUCUGGAGAAGGCAAGACGGAAAAAGCAAAAAGUUUUGUAACAGUUUGUGAUAUAAAUCAAGCUAUGUUAGACGUAGGAAAAUCAAAAGCAGAAAAUUUAGGUUUUUCAUCAGAGACUUGUUUUAUCCAAGGUAAUGCUGAGAAUUUACCUCUAGAAAGUAAUAAAUAUGAUGUGUAUACUAUAGCCUAUGGUAUCAGAAACUGUACACAUAUAGAUAAGGUGUUACAAGAGGCUUAUAGAGUAUUAAAACCUGGUGGUAGAUUUAUGUGUUUAGAAUUUAGUCAUGUGACCAAUCCUUUAAUACAGCAACUUUAUGAUAGUUAUUCUUUUCAAGUGAUACCUGUGAUGGGCCAGGUCCUAGCUCAAGACUGGAAAUCUUAUCAAUAUCUAGUUGAAAGCAUCAGACAAUUUCCGAAACAGGAGGAAUUUGCUGAAAUGAUCAGGAAAGCAGGUUUUAAAAUGGCAAAAUAUGAAAACAUAACAUUUGGAGUGACAGCAAUACAUUCUGGAUUUAAAAUUUAAAUUAGGAUAAAAAUUAAAAUUGUAUAGAAGAUGAGACUUGUGAAUACAGUGUAUUUAUAUAUAAAUUACUGAAAACUU